ACGGUCGCCUCGCGUCCGAAGGCCCGAUUCAUACUCUGGAAAAGACGAGAAUUGUCGAAAGACUGACGCAAAUAUAAUUUGCGAAAUAAUUGAGUUUUUACCCAGGAAUAAAACUCGCGCGGUUAUCGAUUGGAAUACUCAAAUUAUAUUUCUAUAAUUUACUUUUUCGACUAAUACCGUGUUUUGUUUGUUCAUUUAUUUUAUUACUUCACAUCUUACAAAAAUUAAUACAAACGAGACGAUGAUUUUUAGUCGAACUUCUCAUCUCGAGAUGAAAGAGAAACUUUUUCCAUGAUAUGAUCGUCGGUUUUUUUGUAACAACGGUUUAUCGUUGAAGUAUUUUUAAAACGUUAUGCAGUGCUAUCCUCGUUGUUGUUGUUGUUAUAAUAAUUAUUAUUAUUAUUACUAUCGUCGUCAUUGUCGGUCGAACCGAUCAAACGAACGACGAAAUCAAAUUUCAAGAAACUUUUUUUGAAACUUUUACUUUUAAUUUAUUCUUCGUUAUCCUUGGUUGGUGAUUUCUCUCUCGUUCAUUCGUCAUCUUCAUUUCUCUCUCUCUCUCUCUCUCUCUCUCUCUCUCUCUCUCUCUCUCUCUCUCUCUCUCUCUCUCUCUCUCUCUCUCGCUCUUUGAUUUCAAUGUUCUUCGCGACUGUCUAUAAAUGAUGUGAGAUCCUUUGGAAUACGGGAAUACCAAAAAGGUACGAAGAAAAAAAAAUGAUCUCCAAGAUUGAUCCAACGAGAGAUAAUUUUUCAACUCCCAAUAAAUAACCAAGUUUACGCGUAAUAUGAAAAUCGUGAUGAAUGCACAGUUCAUCCUCGUGAUAUGAUAUUUCAUCAUAUAUUUAUAAAAAAUAUAUAAUAUACAUAAUAUAUAUAUAUAUAUAUAUAUAUAUAUACCGAAGUAAAUAAAUUGUUUAAGAUGAGAUAACCCUACGGUAUCGAGUUGCGCAAGCAGAUGCAGUAAAUAUAACUGAGGGUACGAUGCGUAAUAUGAAAAUUUUUAACGCAGCUCAGGAACGAUAAACACAGUUUCAAGAACAAAGAUGAGAAAAACAAUGAUCAAUAAAGCGUAGCUGUUAGCUAUACGGAAUGAUAGCGAUAGCGAAACAAGGACGAGAAAAAGAAACGAAAAAUCUAACAUCGUAGCAUUAUAUAAAUGCGUCGUUGAAACUACGAUCGCAGAUCCAUGGAUUUGAAUAUCGGCAUUGAGCGCUGAUAGAUCGUCAACGAAAAUUCUCGAGGGUUAAAGAAAAUACAAAACUAAAACGAGGAUAAAUUCUUUUUAAAUAUCGUGAAUGAAGAUCAGAGAAGAUAAUAGUCAAAACGUGUGAAAGUGAACGUAGUGAAGGAAACGAAGGUGGUGGAAAUUUAUAAAAUAAUCACAAAUGCAAUUAAUACAUGGACGGACAUUAUUAGAAAUAUAAAAAAAAAGAAAAUUAAUUAGUCCCGAGUAUAAUAUAAUCACUUCUAAUAUCGUACGAAAAUGUUACAUCUGCGGUGCAGGCGGUUUUUCUGUCUCCUCAGCGUUUUUGCCAGCGUUAUUAUCGAGUCCCAAGCCAGCUGGGAAGAAUGGUGGACCUACGACGGAAUAUCAGGUCCGUCGUUCUGGGGCCUGAUAAACCCGCAAUGGUCGCUGUGCAGCAAAGGGCGAAGGCAGAGCCCGAUAAACGUGGAGCCGGACAAAUUGCUGUUCGACCCUCACCUGCGUCCGUUGCACGUUGACAAGCACAAGGUUUCCGGUCAUCUGCACAACACGGGUCAGUCGCUGGUGUUCAGAGCCGACCGUGAGGCGAAGGUCCGAGUUAACAUAACGGGGGGACCGCUGGCGUAUCAUUAUCAAUUCGAGGAGAUUUAUAUUCACUACGCACUCGACAAUAACCACGGCUCCGAGCAUCGCGUCAACAACUACGCUUUUCCUGCCGAGAUCCAAAUCUACGGCUUCAACGCUGAGCUUUAUCACAACAUGAGCGAGGCGCAGCACAAAAGCCAGGGACUGGUUGCGGUUUCUCUGAUGGUCCAGUUGGGCGACACUCCGAAUCCAGAAUUAAGGAUCCUGACCAGCACAUUCAACAAGGUUCUGUACAAAGGCGACAAGGCGCAGGUCAGGCACUUGUCGGUGAAGGAAUUGCUGCCGAAAACGAACGGCUAUAUGACGUACGAAGGAAGCACAACGCAUCCCGGAUGUUGGGAAACCACGGUCUGGCUAAUUCUCAACAAGCCGAUAUACAUAACGGCGCAGGAGCUCUACGUGCUGAGGAAGCUCAUGCAGGGACCCGACGGCACCCCGAAAGCUCCCCUGGGGAACAACGCGAGGCCUUUGCAGGGACUCCACCAUCGCACCAUCAGGACGAACAUCGACUUUCGCAGGCGCCCGGACGCAAAAUGCCCGUCGAUGGCCAAGGACAUGCAUUACACAGACGAAUUUUUCUUUCCAGCUAACAAGUGGCAGGACGAUGGAUCCUUAUCGCACAACGUCGUGUAACGACAGUAAUUUUAUAUACGUAUAGAUAUACUACGAUAUCGUAACGAUGAUUAUAAUAACGAUUAUCCGAUAAUCCGAUAAUGAUGGUGUUGACUGCAAUUUGUGACGCGCGAUGGUGCGUAAUGCGUGUACAUUGUACGUUAUAUGCAAAUAUCGCGCUAUUUCUUUUUUUUCUCUCUUAUUACAUGAUUUCUUUAUUCUUAUCUUAAUUUAAUUAAUUUCCUUUCUUUCCUUCGCAUUUCUUUCUGUGAAAAACUUCUAUUUCUCACGGAUCGUGACGAUGGUACAAAACUGUCUUUAGGGAAAAAGGAAGGUCGCGAGAGAUGGAAAAAGAAAAGAAAAACGUGAACGACAGAGACGACAAACGGAGAGACACGAUAAGAUAAUCGGGCCUUCGCGUACACUGCAAGUUAAAACUGAUUACUAUAUACAAAAGUAUAAUUUAUUGUUUAUACUGUAAUAUGUAGAUAUACAUAAUAUAUACUUAUACAUUGUACACAUAUUAUACUGGUAUAUAAUAUGAAAUAGGGAUGAAAAGUGGGCGUAGGGGGAAUGGUACAUAAAUGACAAAUUUUUUUGACACACAAUAAUACCUAGUAAUAAUAACAAUAAUAAUAAUAAUGAUAAUAAUAAUAUUAAUAAUAGUAAUAAUAGUAAUAACGAUAAAUUAACUAACAAUCGAGAGAGAGCUUUACAUGUUCGGCGAUGGGAGAGCGAAUGAAUGAUGAAAAAUAUGUUAGCAUUAUUCUCGUAAUUUGCGCAGGAUAUUUCGUUGAUCUAUUUUCAUGUCGAAUUUUUUCCAAACAAGUGACUUAUGCGUAAUUACGUGCAGCCGUAAACUAAUGUUCUUAUUUGUGCGACUUUAUUUCGCUUCCCCAUUUCUUAGACCGUCGAUUGAUACUUUCGGUUCUUUUUUUCUUCGUCAAUUUCGCAUCGUUCUUCGAUCGUGUCGUGUAUAAUAGUUAUACGUAAAACAUACGACAACAAUACAUAUUGUAAUAAAUUCGAUAAUGAUGAUGAUGAUGAUACAGACACACACACACAGACACGCGUAUAAAUAUAGGGUAUAUAAAUAAACAUAUGCAAAUAUAUUAUAUUAUAUACAUAAAGUAUGAUUACCAAUGACGUGUUUUCUGUCAAUUACUUUUGUAGCCAAAAAAAAAGGAAGACAAAAAAAAUAAAAAUAUUGGACUAGCGAAAAUGCGGGGGAAAAAAUUGAAAAAUUAACAAUUUACGUAAUGUACGCAAAAAAGGAAAAUAUGUAUAUCGACGCCUCGCGAGGAGAACGCAUGUAUAAUUUUAUCUAAGCAUAUAGGUAUAAUUAUAAAAACGAAGAUAGAGAUUCGGAUCAGCAAACUAAAGCUGUGUAUCGAAGAAUGCGGGAGAAAUUUAUCAUCAACGAUGUAAUAAUAUAGUGAUAAUGCGGAGGAAGCUCGGGUGAAACGGGGGCUCCGGCAUAGUUACACUGUAUGCAUGCCAUAUAAUAUUAUAAGCGUCGAGGAUUAAAAUGCUUUUGUAAAUACGUACGCGCUUGGGUGUAUGCAUGAUAUAUGCAUGGGUUUAGUACACUUGUAUAUUGCCCACGCGGGUAUGUGGCGUAACGGAAGAUUUGUAUAGAGAAAAUUGUAUAAAAUGAAACUCUGAUAUGGAAUUGGGAAGAGGGAUGCCUUCGCGGAAAAGAUCCUCAACUCGGGUGUCAAUUCGGACCCUAAACUUUUUUCUUAUGGGAAUUUAGCGUUAUCUAUAAGUUGGGGGGGUACGAAUUUACCACCAAGUGGCAAGUUUUUUCCGUGAGGGUGCGAAAAAUGCCGAAGUAGAAGGAGAAGCGGAAAGAGGAAAACAAAAAGACAAGGUGGACUACGCGAAACCAUCGAUAAUAACGAAGAAAAAACAAUUGUGAACGAAUAAGAUUUAACGAACAACAAUUACGAUGAUGAUAAUAAACGUAAUGUUAUAUUGUAA